AUGGUGGAUUUACAAGAGUACCUGUGGAUGGUGAUCCUCGGCUUCGUGAUAGCCUUCAUCCUGGCCUUCUCUGUGGGGGCUAACGACGUGGCCAACUCGUUCGGGACGGCGGUGGGAUCGGGGGUGGUGACGCUGAAGCAGGCCUGUAUCCUGGCGUCCAUCUUUGAGACGUUGGGUUCCAUGCUGCUUGGAGCCAAGGUGGGGGAGACCAUACGGAAGGGCAUCAUAGACGUCAACCUAUACAACGAGACUGUGCCCGUACUUAUGGCAGGGGAGGUCAGCGCCAUGGUCGGUACGUAUCAUACAUUGUGUGAGCGUUUCAGUGCUGGGUUUGGAGAUGCUACCAGUCUGGGUGAUCUGGGUCUGGAGAUGUUACCAGUCUGGGUGAUCUGGGUUUGGAGAUGCUACCAGUCUGGGUGAUCUGGGUUUGGAGAUGCUACCAGUCUGGGUGAUCUGGGUUUGGAGAUGCUACCAGUCUGGGUGAUCUGGGUUUGGAGAUGCUACCAGUCUGGGUGAUCUGGGUUUGGAGAUGCUACCAGUCUGGGUGAUCUGGGUCUGGAGAUGCUACCAGUCUGGGUGAUCUGGGUCUGGAGAUGCUACCAGCCUGUCUGACAACAGGUUGUUAUGCUGUCUGACAACAGGUUGUUAUGUUGUCUUGUAGUAUUAUACAGCUGUCUGACAACAGGUUGUUAUGCUGUCUGACAACAGGUUGUUAUGCUGUCUGACAACAGGUUGUUAUGCUGUCUGACAACAGGUUGUUAUGCUGUCUGACAACAGGUUGUUAUGUUGUCUUGUAGUAUUAUACAGCUGUCUGACAACAGGUUGUUAUGCUGUCUGACAACAGGUUGUUAUGCUGUCUGACAACAGGUUGUUAUGCUGUCUGACAACAGGUUGUUAUGCUGUCUGACAACAGGUUGUUAUGCUGUCUGACAACAGGUUGUUAUGAUGUCUUGUAGUAUUAUACAGCUGUCUGACAACAGGUUGUUAUGCUGUCUGACAACAGGUUGUUAUGCUGUCUGACAACAGGUUGUUAUACUGUCUGACAACAGGUUGUUAUGCUGUCUGACAACAGGUUGUUAUGCUGUCUGACAACAGGUUGUUAUGCUGUCUGAAAACAGGUUGUUAUGCUGUUUGACAACAGGUUGUUAUGUUGUCUUGUAGUAUUAUACAGCUGUCUGACAACAGGUUGUUAUGCUGUCUGAAAACAGGUUGUUAUGCUGUCUGACAACAGGUUGUUAUGCUGUCUGACAACAGGUUGUUAUGCUGUCUUGUAGUAUUAUACAGCUGUCUGACAACCGGUUGUUAUGCUGCCUGACAACAGGUUGUUAUACUGUCUAACAACAGGUUGUUAUGCUGUCCGACAACAGGUUGUUAUGCUGUCUGACAACAGGUUGUUAUGCUGUCUGACAACAGGUUGUUAUACUGUCUAACAACAGGUUGUUAUGCUGUCUGACAACAGGUUGUUAUGCUGUCUUGUAGUAUUAUACAGCUGUCUGACAACAGGUUGUUAUGCUGUCUGACAACGGGUUGUUAUGCUGUCUGACAACAGGUUGUUAUGCUGUCUGACAACAGGUUGUUAUACUGUCUAACAACAGGUUGUUAUGCUGUCUGACAACAGGUUGUUAUGCUGUCUUGUAGUAUUAUACAGCUGUCUGACAACAGGUUGUUAUGCUGUCUGACAACAGGUUGUUAUGCUGUCUGACAACAGGUUGUUAUGUUGUCUUGUAGUAUUAUACAGCUGUCUGACAACAGGUUGUUAUGCUGUCUGACAACAGGUUGUUAUGCUGUCUUGUAGUAAUAUACAGCUGUCUGACAACAGGUUGUUAUGCUGUCUGACAACAGGUUGUUAUGCUGUCUGACAACAGGUUGUUAUGCUGUCUGACAACAGGUUGUUAUGCUGUCUGACAACAGGUUGUUAUGCUGUCUGACAACAGGUUGUUAUGCUGUCUGUCAACAGGUUGUUAUGCUGUCUGACAACAGGUUGUUAUGCUGUCUGACAACAGGUUGUUAUGCUGUCUGACAACAGGUUGUUAUGCUGUCUGACAACAGGUUGUUAUGCUGUCUUGUAGUAUUAUACAGCUGUCUGACAACAGGUUGUUAUGCUGUCUGAAAACAGGUUGUUAUGCUGUCUGACAACAGGUUGUUAUGCUGUCUGACAACAGGUUGUUAUGCUGUCUGACAACAGGUUGUUAUGCUGUCUUGUAGUAUUAUACAGCUGUCUGACAACAAUUUGUUAUGCUGCCUCUCACUCUCACUCUCACUCUCUCUCACUCUCUCUCACUCUUUCUACAGGUUCUGCGAUUUGGCAGCUCAUUGCGUCGUUCCUCAAACUACCCAUCUCUGGGACGCAUUGCAUCGUGGGUUCGACCAUUGGGUUCUCCAUGGUGGCCAUUGGCACCAAGGGCGUUCAGUGGAUGCAGCUGGUCAAGAUUGGUAUGUCUAUGACUACGUUACCCAGCCUGCUCUGCAUAGGGUUUACUAUCUAUGACUACAAUACCCAGCCUGCAGCUGGUCAAGAUGUAUAAUUGUUUAUUUAUUAGGAUGUCUUUCAGCCCACCACUAGCUAGUCUAAUAUGGAACCUAGCCCUCUCUGUGUGAGUUCCAAUCUCAAAUAGACCAUCUAGCCCUACCCCAAAGAUAUUGGGUAUAUGACUACAUUACCCAGCCUCAUGUUGAUAGGCUUGACUGUCUGACUACAUUACCUAGCCUCCUGUGGAUAGGAUUGACUGUCUGACUACAUUACCCAGCCUGCUCUGGGUACAGUUCAUUGUUCUAUGACUACAUUACCCAGCUUGCUCUGGGUACAGUUGACUGUUUGACUACAUUACCCAGCCUGCCUUGGGGUAUGGUUGACUGUCUAUGAAAACAUUACCCAGCCUGCUCUUGGGUAGGGUUUAAUGUUUAUGACUAUGUUACAUAGCCUGCUCUGGUGUAGGGUUGACUGUCUACGAAAACAUUACCCAGCCUGCUCUGGGGUAGGGUUGACUGUCUAUGAAAACAUUAUCCAGCCUGCUCUUGGGUAGGGUUGAAUGUUUAUGACUAUGUUACAUAGCCUGCUCUGGGGUAGGGUUGACUGUCUACGAAAACAUUACCCAGCCUGCUCUGGGGUAGGGUUGACUGUCUAUGAAAACAUUACCCAGCCUGAUCUGGGGUAGGGUUGACUGUCUAUGAAAACAUUACCCAGCCUGAUCUGGGGUAGGGUUGACUGUCUAUGAAAACAUUACCCAGCCUGAUCUGGGGUAGGGUUGACUGUCUAUGAAAACAUUACCCAGCCUGCUCUGGGGUAGGGUUGACUGUCUACGAAAACAUUACCCAGCCUGCUCUGGGGUAGGGUUGACUGUCUAUGACUACAUUGCCCAGCCUGCUCUGGGGUAGGGUUGACUGUCUAUGACUACAUUGCCCAGCCUGCUCUGGGGUAGGGUUGACUGUCUAUGACAGUCAACCCUAGGUCCCAAGAAACAAAGAGAUCUUCUGUUAAAUCUGACAAUUCAUCUUGAUGGUUGUAAAGUCGUCUCAAAUAAAACUGUGAAGGACCUCGGUGUUACUCUUGACCCUGAUCUCUCUUUUGACGAACAUAUCAAGACUGUUUCAAGGACAGCUUUUUUCCAUCUACGUAACAUUGCAAAAAUCAGAAAUUUUCUGUCCAAAAAUGAUGCAGAAAAAAUUAAUCCAUGCAUUUGUUACUUCUAGGUUAGACUACUGCAAUGCUCUAUUUUCCGGCUACCCGGAUAAAGCACUAAAUAAACUUCAGUUAGUGCUAAAUACGGCUGCUAGAAUCCUGACUAGAACCAAGAAAUUUGAUCAUAUUACUCCAGUGCUAGCUUCCCUACACUGGCUUCCUGUUAAGGCAAGGGCUGAUUUCAAGGUUUUACUGUUAACCUAUAAAGCGUUACAUGGGCUUGCUCCUACCUAUCUUUCCGAGUUGGUCCUGCCGUACAUACCAAUACGUACGCUACGGUCACAAGACGCAGGCCUCCUAAUUGUCCCUAGAAUUUCUAAGCAAACAGCGGGAGGCAGGGCUUUCUCCUAUAGAUCUCCAUUUUUAUGGAACAGUCUGCCUACCCAUGUGAGAGACGCAGACUCGGUCUCAACCUUUAAGUCUUUACUGAAGACUUAUCUCUUCAGUAGGUCAUAUGAUUGAGUGUAGUCUGGCCCAGGAGUGUGAAGGUGAACGGAAAGGCUGGAGCAACGAACAGCCCUUGCUGUCUCUGCCGGGCCGGUUCCCCUCUCCACUGGGGUUCUCUGCCUCUAACCCUGUUGCAGGGGCUGAGUCACUGGCUUGCUGGUGCUCUUUCAUGCCGUCCCUGGGAGGGGUGCGUCACUUGAGUGGGUUGAGUUACUGACGUGAUCUUCCUGUCUGGGUUGGCGCCCCCCCCUUGGUUUGUGCUGUGGUGGAGACCUCUGUGGGCUAUACUCGGCCUUGUCUCAGGAUUGUAAGUUGGUGGUUGGGGAUAUCCCUCUAGUGGUGCGGGGACUGUGCUUUGGCGGAGUGGGUGGGGUUAUAUCCUUCCUGUUUGGCCCUGUCCGGGGGUUUCUUCGGAUGGGGCCACAGUGUCUCCGGACCGCUCCUGUCUCAGCCUCCAGUAUUUAUGCUGCAGUAGUUUAUGUGUCGGGGGGCUGGGGUUAGUUGGUUAUACCUGGAGUACUUCUCCUGUCUUAUCCAGUGUCCUGUGUGAAUUUAAGUAUGCUCUCUCUAAUUCUCUCGUUCUCUCUUUCUCUCUGAGAACCUGAGCCCUAGGACCAUACGUCAGGACUACCGGGCAUGAUGACACCUUGCUGUCCCCAGUCCGCCUGGCCUUGCUGCUAUUCCAGUUUCAACUGUUCUGCCUGCGGCUACGAAACCCCUACCUGUCCCAGACCUGCUGUUUUCAACUCUUUAAUGAUCGGCUAUGAAAAGCCAACUGAGAGACCUGAGCCCUAGGACCAUACGUCGGGACUACCGGCCGUGGUGACUCCUUGCUGUCCCCAGUCCGCCUGGCCUUGCUGCUAUUCCAGUUUCAACUGUUCUGCCUGCGGUUAUGGAACCCCUACCUGUCCCAGACCUGCUGUUUUCAACUCUUAAUGAUCGGCUAUGAAAAGCCAACUGAGAUUUAUUCCUGAUUAUUAUUUGACCAUGCUUGUCACUUAUGAACAUUUUUGAACAUCUUGGCAUGGUUCUGUUAUAAUCUCCACCCGGCACAGCCAGAAGAGGACUGGCCACCCCUCAUAGCCUGGUUCCUCUCUAGGUUUCUUCCUAGGUUUUCGCCUUUCUAGGGAGUUUUUCCUAGCCACCGUGCUUCUACACCUGCAUUACUAGCUGUUUGGGGUUUUAGGCUGGGUUUCUGUACAGCACUUCGAGAUAUUAGCUGAUGUAAGAAGGGCUAUAUAAAAUAAAAUUGAUUGAUUGAUUGAUGACUACAUUACCCAGCCUGCUGUCUAUGGUCCAAUACCAAAUAGACCCCUAAAACCAAUAUCUUACCCUCUUAGGCUGAUCACCACCUGAGCGUACUGACUGAUCUAGAAAUCAUCACCUUAGGAUACAAGGUUAUUUGUACAUCAUCCAUUCUGCUCAGGCAGGCUGGGAUCAGUGACCAAUCAUAAUUGAUGCUCUCAAACAUGACCUAUGACUACAUUACCCAGCCUGCCCCAUCUUGUCCUGUUUUUCUCCAGUUGCAUCCUGGUUCAUCUCUCCCCUACUGUCGGGACUGAUGUCUGGGUUCCUCUUCUUCCUCAUCAGACACUUCAUCCUUAAUAAGGUGGGUUACCAGUAGUCACAUUAUACACUAGUAGUAGUUUGUAUGCUGUCAGAGGAGGCUGGUGGGAGGAGCUACAGUUUAGGAGGAAGGGCUCAUUGUAAUGUCUGGAAUGGAAUACAUGGAACACUGUCAAACAUAUGUUUGACUCCUUUCAUUAAUUCCAUUCCAGCCAUUACAAUGAGCCGUCCUCCUAUAGCUCCUCCCACCAGCCUGUGUGUGUGGUUCUGACGUGUGUGUGUGUUUUUGUGUGUGUAGUGCGGGUGUGGUUCUGACCUGUGUGUGUGUGUUUGUCUUUAGGAUGACCCGGUCCCCAACGGUCUCCGUGCCCUGCCAGUGUUCUACGCCUCAACGAUAGGCAUCAACGCCUUCUCCAUUCUUUAUACAGGAGCACCAUGUAAGAACUGGGACCUAACCCAACCCUAACCUAGCCCUUUACACAGGAGCACCAUGUAACAACUGGGACCUAACCUAACCUAACCCAACCCUAACCUAGCCCUUUACACAGGAGCACCAUAUAACAACUUGGACUUAAGAGGGGCACUUCACCACUUUUUAACCUCAUCUAUUCAUCCAGCACCAUACCAGUGUCUACAUAGUGAAAACGGUGAUUAUCUACAACUGUGUCUGUGUUUUGCAGUGCUGGGCUUACCACUCUGUUUAAAUGUGUGUCUCGUCUCGCUUUCUCUCUCUCUCUCUCUCGGCUCUCUCUCUCGGCUCUCUCUCUCUCUCUUCUCUCUCUCUCUCUCUCUCUCUUCUCUCUUCCUCUCUCUCUCUCUCUCUCGGCUCUCUUCUCUCCUCUCUCGCUCUCUUCUCUCUCCGGCUCUCUCCUCUCUUCUCUCUCUCUCUCGGCUAUCUCUCUCUCUCCUCUCUCUCUCGGCUCUCUCUCUUCUCUCGGUCUCCUCUCUCUCUCGGCUCUCUCCUCUAGGCUCUUCUCUCUCUCUGGCUCUCUCUCUCUCUGGCUCUCUCUCUCUUCGCUCUCUCUCUCUCUCGGCUCUCUAUCUCUCUCUCGGCUCUCUCUCUCUCUCGGCUCUCUCUCUCUCUCGGGCUCUCUUCUCUCUUCUCUCUCGGCAUCUCUCUCUCCUCUCUCGGCUCUCUCUCUCUUGGCUCUCUCUCUCUCGGCUCUCUCUCUCUCUCUCGGCUCUCUCGCUCUCUCUCUCUGGGCCUCUCUCUCUCUAUCGGCUCUCUCGCUCUCUCUCUAUCGGCUCUCUCGGUCGGCUCUCUCUCUCUCGGCUCUCUCUCUCUCUCGGCUCUCUCUCUCUCUCUCGGCUCUCUCUCUCUCUCGGACUCUCUCUUUCUCUCUCUCUCUCGGCUCUCUCUCUCUCUCUCGGCUCUCUCUCUCUCUCUCUCGGGCUCUCUCUCCUCUCUCUCUCUCUCUCUCUCUCUCAGUGCUAGGUCUGGAGAUGUUACCGGUGUGGGCUAUAGCUCUGAUCACGCUGGCGGGGGCUCUGGUCUGUGCUGUCGUGGUCUGGUUCGCCGUCUGCCCCUGGAUGAGACGGAAGAUAGCAAGUAUGUAUCACCAUCGCAGCCCCCUGUCCCUGUCCCUGUCCCAGGCGAGCUCAGCACACAAUGUGCCUCUCUGAAACUAAACAACCUCUGUGUUCUUUCAUCUCCACUUGCCAAAGUAAAAGAAAAUUAAACCCAGUAACCCACUAGAUUACUGAACAGAGUAAGUUAUCUAAGCUUCUUGUUGGUUAGGGAAAUUAGGUAUUUAUUUGGGUCUGUUUCGUGGUUAAGGUUAGGGUUUUGUUUGGUGAAGGUUAGGGUUAUGCAUUUUUUUUUGUGGUUAUGAUUCGUUUUUUCGGGGGGGGUGAUUAUCAAAUCAAAUUUUAUUGGUCGCAUACACAUUUAGCAGAUGUUAUUGCGGGUGUAGCGAAAUGCUUGUGUUCCUAGCUCCAACAGUGCAGUAAUAUCUAACAAUACACAGCAAUACACAUUUAAUCUAAAAAAGUAAAAUAAUGGAAUUAAGAAAUAUAGAAAUAUUAGGACGAGCAAUGUCGGAGUCCGGAGUAUAAAUAUAUACAUGGACAGUAUAUGGGUAGAAUAUGUAGUAUAUCUGUAGAAUACGUAGGAUAUAUAAUAGUAUAUGCAGGGGCGGUGUGUUCAUUAGGGCGAUAUGGGCGACGCACUGCCAAACGGGAAAAGGAAGGGAUUGUUUUUCUAAUCAAUUAUAUCACGGCAACAGUAGUUAUCAGUGUUCUAAUCUAGACGUCUGAUCUGCCACUAAAUGUCCAAUCAGGCUAAAGUCGUGCUUCAAAUGGCCCCGCCCCUUUUGGGGCGAUUUCAGUCAGGUUGAAAAUCGCCCCAGAAGUCUCUCAUAGACUCUCAUGUAAAAUCUUUUUUUUUUCAAAUAUCAGAGCUUUCAAUAUACAAUCUCUAUGGGUUCCGGGAGGGCUUGCACUUACGCGCUUUCGUCAUACGUAACAUAACCAUGAACGUAACUAAGAAAAGAGCGGGUAGCAGCGUCAAUCAAUUCACGUACUACUGUCAAGAUGGCUAGCGUUCAGUGCAACUCGGUUGUCUCUUUGAAAGAAGUUCCUUUUUGUCGGCGAACAAAUCAAGAUAAAUUGGCAACGAAACAAUUAGGAGCUCCCAGACCAAAUUUAAUAAUUCAACAGGUUUCUACUAAAGGGGGAAAGUCCUACACCCGAGGAUUUUCCAAAAAUUGGUACGAACGAAAAACCUGGCUAGCAGGCUGCGAUGUAGCUAAUGCAGUCUUCUGCUACCCCUGCUUACUCUUUCACCCUGAAGGCGGCACGGCAGACAGCACCGCUUGGACAGCGACUGGUGUAACGGACAUGCACCAUCUUUCAGAAAAGAUUAAGAAACAUGAGCUGUCAAAGACCCACAUGGAUAGCUGUUUGAGAUUGUCUGCUUUGGGGAGAGUGAACAUUGCCACUCAACUGGAUGAGGGAUACAGGCUAGCUGUCCGCCGCCACAACGAUGAGGUUAGCAAGAACCGCCACAUCCUCAGCCGGCUAAUCCAGUGUGUGAAGUUUUGCGGAGUGUUUGAGUUAGCUUUGCGAGGCAAAGAUGAAACUGAGGGCUCCACCAACCCUGGUAAGCCAACACUUUUGAGAUCAGUCAAUAAAUGCUUCUGGUAUUGACUAAUAUGCUGCCCCUGUCUUCAUGUUGUUGCUGGACAUAUCUUUUUUAAAAUGUGUGUAGGUCACCUAAAUCAUCAGAAAAAUUGCCCCCCCUGAGAAUUUUUUCAGGAACCGCCACUGAGUAUAUGUACAGCAAUAGUUGAAUAGAAUGCAGUAUAUACAGUUGAAGUCGGAAGUUUACAUACACUCAGGUUGGAGUCAUUAAAACUUGUUUUUCAACCACUCCACACAUUUCUUGUUAACAAACUAUAGUUUUGGCAAGUCGUUUAGGACAUCUACUUUGUGCAUGACACAAGUAAUUUUUCCAACAAUUGUUCACAGACAGAUUAUUUCACUUAUAAUUCACUGUAUCACAAUUCCAGUGGGUCAGAAGUUUACAUACACUAAGUUGACUGUGCCUUUAAACAGCUUGGAAAAUUCCAGAUAAUGAUGUCAUGGCUUUAGAAGCUUCUGAUAGGCUAAUUGACAUAAUUUGAGUCAAUUGGAGGUGUACCUGUGGAUGUAUUUCAAGGCCUAAUUUCAAACUCAGUGCCUCUUUGAUUGACAUCAUGGGAAAAUCAAAAAUCAGCCAAGACCUCAGAAAAAAAUGGUAGACCUCCACGAGUCUGGUUCAUCCUUAGGAGCAAUUUCCAAACGCCUGAAGGUACUACAUUCAUCUGUACAAACAAUAGUACGCAAGUAUAAACACCAUGGGACCACACAGCCGUCAUACCGCUCAGGAAGGAGACGCGUUCUGUCUCCUAGAGAUGAACGUACUUUGGUGCGAAAAGUGCAAAUCAAUCCCAGAACAACAGCAAAGGACCUUGUGAAGAUGCUGGAGGAAACAGGUACAAAAGUAUCUAUAUCCACAGUAAAAUAAGUUCUAUAUCGACAUAACCUGAAAGGCCGCUCAGCAAGGAAGAAGCCACUGCUCCAAAACCGCCAUAAAAAAGCCAGACUACGGUUUGCAACUGCACAUGGGGACAAAGAUCGUACUUUUUGGAGAAAUGUCCUCUGGUCUGAUGAAACAAAAGAGAACUGUUUGGCCAUAAUGACCAUCGUUAUGUUUGGAGGAAAAAGGGGAACGCUUGCAAGCCGAAGAACACCAUCCCAACCGUGAAGCACGGGGGUGGCAGCAUCAUGCUGUGGGGGUGCUUUGCUGCAGGAGGGACUGGUGCACUUCACAAAAUAGAUGGCAUCAUGAGGAAGGGAAAUGAUGUGGAUAUAUUGAAGCAACAUCUCAAGACAUCAGUCAGGAAGUUAAAGCUUGGUCGUAAAUGGGUCUUCCAAAUGGACAAUGACCCCAAGCAUACUUCCAAAGUUGUGGCAAAAUGGCUUAAGGACAACAAAGUCAAGGUAUUGGAGUGGCCAUCACAAAGCCCUGACCUCAAACCUAUAGAAAAUGUGUGGGCAGAACUGAAAAAGCUUGUGCGAGCAAGGAGGCCUACACACCUGAUUCAGUUACACCAGCUCUGUCAGGAGGAAUGGGCCAAAAUUCACCCAAUUUAUUGUGGGAAGCUUGUGGAAGGCUACCUGAAACUUUUGACCCAAGUUAAACAAUUUAAAGGCAAUGGUAUCAAAUACUAAUUGAGUGUAUGUAAACUUCUGACCCACUGGGAAUGUGAUGAAAGAAAUAAAAGCUGAAAUAAAUCAUUCUCUCAUUCUUAAAAUAAAGUGGUGAUCCUAACUGACCUAAAACAGGGAAUUUUUACUAGGAUCAAAUGUCAGGAAUUGUGGAAAACUGAGUUUAAAUGUAUUUGGCUAAGGUGUAUGUAAACUUCCGACUUCAACUGUACAUAUGAAAUGGGUAAAACGGUAUGUAAACCAGUGACCAGUGUUCCAUGUCUAUGUACAUAGGGCAGCAGUCUCUAAGGUGCUGGGUGGAGUACUGGGUGGUAGCCGGCUCGUGACAGUGACUAAGGUUCAGGGCAGGGUACUGGACGGAGGCCGGUUAAUGGUGACUAUUUAACAGUCAGAUGGCCUUGAGAUAGAAGCUGUUUUUUCAGUCUCUCGGUCCCAGCUUAGAUGCACCUGUACUGACCUCGCCUUCUGGAUGGUAGCAGGGUGAACAGGCCAUGGCUUGGGUGGCUGAGGUCCUUGAUGAUCUUUUUGGACUUCCUGUGACACUGGGUGCUGUAGAUGUCCUGAAGGGCAGGCAGUGUGCCCCCGGUGAUACGUUGGGAAGACCGCACCACCCUCCGGAGAGCCCUGCGGUUGCGGACGGUGCAGUUGCCAUACCAGGCGGUGAUACAGCCCGACAGGAUGCUCUCAAUGGUGCAUCUGUAAAAGUUUGUGAGGGUUUUCGGUGCCAAACCAAAUUUCUUCAGCCUCUUGAGGUUGAAGAGGCGCUGUUGCCCCUUCUUCACCGUACUGUCUGUGUGGUUGGACUAUUUCAGAUUGUCAGUGAUGUGUACGCCAAGGAACUUGAAGCUUUUCACCUUCUCUACUGCAGCCCCGUCUAUGUGGAUGGAGACGUGCUCCCUCUGCUGUCUCCUGAAGUCCACGAUCAGCUCCUUGGUUUUGUUGACGUUGAGGAAGAGGUCAGUUUCCUGGCACCACUCCGCCAGGGCCCUCACCUCCUCCCUGUAGGCUGUCUCGUCAUUGUUGGUAAUCAGGCCUACCACUGUUGUCGUCUUCAAAAUUGAUGAUUGAGUUUGAGACAUGCAUGGCCACUUAGUCAUGGGAGUACAGGAGGGAGCUGAGUACGCACCCUUGUGGGUUCCAUUUUUACAGGCGAAUAUAUUGAUCAAAGUCACCUUGUCCUAGAGAGAUCUACACGGUUAUCAAAACAUCAUGCCAGGGUAAGCCUACAGGAAACGCAGCCCUUAUUUUAAGUGUUUCUAAAAUCCCCAGUGGGAAAAAUGAAUGGUGGAAAAAUAAUUUCCUUUGACUGCUAGGUUUUAUGGGUAUUAUGACUCAUACUGUGGUACUCUAUAGGGUCUAGCGUGUUGGGUAAGGUGGAGGUGAUAUGAUCCAUAACUAGCCUCUCAAAGCACUUCAUGAUGACAGAAAAAGAGGGGGCUGGAGUGUCCAUAAACACUGAGCCGUUGAAUUGCGACUCCACUUUAUCUCUGUACUGACAUUUUGCCUGUUUGAUUGCCUUACGGAGGGUUUGUAUUCGACCAUAUUCCCAGUCACCUUGCCGCAAAUGUUGCCAUCUAUCCACGGUUUUUGAAAAGGUUUUAAUCGUCACGGUGGGAACAACAUCCCCUAUAGACUUCCUGGUGAACUCAGUCAGCGUGUCAGUGUAUAUGUCAAUGUUAUUCUGAGGCAACCCGGAACAUCCCAGUCCGCGUGAUCAAAACAAUCUUCAGGUAUGGAUUCCGAUUGGACAGACCAGCGUUGAACGGUCCUUACCACGGCUACUUCCUGUUUGAGUUCCUGCCUAUAGGAAAGGAGGAGCAGAAUGGAGGCGUGAUCUGAUUUUCCCAAGGGAGGGCGGGGAGUGCCUUGUAGCCUUCCCGGAAGGGAGAGUAGCAAUGGUCAAGAGUUUUUGAUGCGCAAGUAGUGUAGUAAUAUGUUGAUUUGCUUUAUUAAAGUCCCCAGCUACAAUAAAUGUGGCCUCAGGAUAUGCGGCUUCCAGUUUGCACAAAGUCCAGUGUAGUUCCUUGAGAGCCGUUGUGGUAUCGGCUUGAGGGGGAAUAUACACUGCUGUGACGGUGACCGAAGAGAAUUCUCUCGGGAGGUAAUGAUUGUGAGGUAUCCUAGGUCGGGUGAUCAAAAGGACUUGAGUUCCUGUACGUUACCACAAUCACACCAUGAGUAGUUCAUCAUGAAACACCUCCGCCUUUCUUUUUCCCAGAGAGUUCUUUAUUCCUGUCUGCGCGAUGUACUGAGAACCCAGCUGGCUGUAUGGAUGGGGAGAGAGACAUGAUUCUGUGAAACAGAGUAUGUUACAGUCCCAGAUGUCUCUCUGGAAGGAGAUCCUCGCCCUGAGCUUGUCUACUUUAUCGUCCAGGGACUGAAUAUUAGCAAUGAAAAUACUCUGAAGCUGUGGAUGGUGUGCACGCCUCCUGAGUCGGUAAAAGUAAGUAAGUUAAGGUUAAGGUUUUGUUUGAUGGUUAAGCUUAGGGUUUUGUUUCGUGGGGGGGUAGGGUUAGCACUUUAUAUAGUUGAUUCUUGGACUUUUUUUAAUGGGCCAGAUAUUGUGGUUUGGAUGUUUUGAGAGAAAAUAGUAUCAUAAGCAAGAGUCCAAGGUAGGGUUGAACGACUCCAGGAUUUUUGGAGUCGACACCGACUCCUGUGGUUGGAGUCGAAGGAGUCGACUCUUGCUCGGUUCUCAAAACACGCUGAAACAGCUGUGCACACGUACACACUACCUCAUUUAUUGAGUCCUACUAGGAAGACUCAUUUCGCGUUCUAGAGAGGACUGGCAUGGUCAUGAUUCUGCCCAUUUGCUUAUCAACUCAUGAAAGGCCUAUUUUGUUUGAAUACAGAGUAGAAGGUGAUGUGUAGAAUAUUUCAGUGAUAUUUCUGCUGAACCUUGACAGAUCCCAUGACUAUGCGCCGGUAAAGCUAUUCUUUGCCGUAUUAUUACAGACCUAUUCAGACGGGACUAGCAUUACUAGAGACGUUGGUUAUGUAAUUAUUUUCCAAGCAUGUGCGUUAUUCCAGAGGACGGUUAACACAGGAUUCGUUUUUUUUCCCAAAACUGCCCCCUGUAAUUUCAUCCAAUUGACUCUACGCCUGGGUAGUGGAGGUUUUUAUUCUAGGCGUGAAGAUAUAACGUCACGUUUAGACGAUUUCAGGCUACACAUAACUCGUGCUUGGCUGCCGAAUGUAUUAGCUGUCCCAAUAAUAUAUACCGCACAACAACACAUAUUCCCCCUCAGGAGACUGAAAAGAUUUGGCAUGGGUCCUCAGAUCCUCAAAGAGUUAUACAGCUGCACCAUCGAGAGCAUCCUGACCGGUUGCAUCACCGCCUGGUAUGGCAACUGCUCGGCCUACGACCGCAAAGCACUACAGAGGGUAGUGCGUACGGCCCAGUACAUCACUGGGGCCAAGCUUCCUGCCAUCCAGGACCUCUAUACCAGGCGGUGUCAGAGGAAGGCCCUCAAAAUUGUCAAAGACUCCAGCCACCCUAGUCAUAGACUGUUCUCUCUGCUACCGCACGGCAAGCGGUACCGGAGCGCCAAGUCUAGGUCCAAAAGACUUCUCAACAGCUUCUAUCCCCCAAGCCAUAAGACUCCUGAACAGCUAAUCAUGGCUACCCGGACUAUUUGCACUGCCCCCCCACCCCAUCCUUUUACGCUGCUGCGACUCUGUUAAUUAUUUAUGCAUAGUCACUUUAACUCUGCCCACAUGUACAUAUUACUUCAACUACCUCAACUAGCCGGUGCCCCCGCACAUUGACUCUGCACCGGUACCCCCCUGUAUAUAGCCUCCCUACUGUUAUUUUAUUUAACUUCUGCUCUGUCCCAAUAAUAUAUACAUUGAGGAAGUGUGAUCAUAAGCAUUAUUUUAGCAUUCCAUGGUAGACGCCCCUCCUAAUAACAAUACCCCCCGCCCCCCCCCCAUCCUGAUUUGAGCUGCUGGACAGUAUUUGCACUUGAAAUGCAUUCAUGGAUGAGAAAGUGAACUUGCCAUUUCCAAAAAGUUAAGCUCAGUGGGGAACCAUGCUUUGAUAUAUUGUCUAUAGGACAUCAAGAGCCCCAGGGUUUCAUUUAAGCUAUAGGCACAAUACGUUCUCUUGCACAUUUAGGCCUAAUUAAACUGACGCAUUUGGCGAUGUUCAACUUCAAUUCACUGGCACAAUAUAGAAUAGCUUAGCCAUAGGCCUACUCUUUUGAUGGUAAACUAUACUUUAAGAUACUUUUGGUGAAUUUACGAGGCAUUGCAAGACAAGACAUUGCGAGAUAUAGAUAUAGCCUAUGCGCACGGUUCCGAAUGUCUGCCUGCCUGCCCCUCCUCUCUCUCCCUCGCCUGCUCUUUCUCUUCACUGUGAAAGAUGCCUGUGUGUGUUCAGUCCUCGGUCUAUUGCAUGUUUGUAGCUCAGCCUACUCAUUGAUAACCCCUACCUUAGUGAACUUGCGAGGCAUUGAAAGCCAGGAAAUUGAGAGAUACAGCAUUGCGAGAUACAACUUUUGAUUACCGAUGCACGGCUCUGACUGUCUGCCUGGUGGCCGACCUGCCUGCCUGCCUGAUGGCCGACCUGCCUGCCUGCCUGAUGGCCGACCUGCCUGCCUGCCUGGUGGCCGACCUGCCUGCCUGCCUGGUGGCCGACCUGCCUGGUGGCCGACCUGCCUGCCUGCCUGGUGGCCGACCUGCCUGUCUACCUGGUGGCCGACCUGCCUGCCUGCCUGCCUGGUGGCCGACCUGCCUGUCUACCUGGUGGCCGACCUGCCUGCCUGCCUGGCUGUGCCCCUUCCCUCUCUUCUUUGCUUGGAAAGAUACAAGAGUUUGUGUUUCUCGGAAGUAGCCUAGGGCAACUACCCUACUCUGUCUCCUCCGUUGCAGAAAUACUGAAUCUUAGGAGUCAAGGAGUCGAUUCCUAGCGGAAUCGACACUUGACACCCAGAAAUGGGAGUCGACGGGCAAUGAGUCGAGGGAUCUAUUAUUUUGGAGUCGACUCCCCACCAAUAGUCCAAGGAUCCUAUUCAGAGAUACGCAUAUAAAGUUUGGUUUGUGCUCAGAUUAGGUAGAUAUGUAUCUGGUUGGUAUGUUCAGAAGGGUAAAGUAAGCCUCCAGUUUGAAAUAUGUAAUCCUUGUUUAGCUCCAUGAACUCUGAGCGUAAUACCGUAGUCCAGUGGGUGUCAUUGCACUAGAUAGUCCUGGGGUCUCUCUGUUUAACUGUAUUCUUCCACUGUGUAUCAUUGGACUAGGGAGUACUGGGGUCCCUCUGUUUCAGACUGUAUUUUUUUCACUUUGCGCCUACUGAACACGACCGGGGUCUGAGACAGCUCUCUAGACUAGAGGGUAUCAGUGAACACGACCGGGGUCUGAGACAGCUCUCUAGGCUAGAGGGUAUCACUGAACACGACCGGGGUCUGAGACAGCUCUCUAGACUAGAGGGUAUCACUGAACACGACCGGGGUCUGAGACAGCUCUCUAGGCUAGAGGGUAUCACUGAACACGACCGGGGUCUGAGACGGCUCUCUAGGCUAGAGGGUAUCAGUGAACACGACCGGGGUCUGAGACAGCUCUCUAGGCUAGAGGGUGUCACUGAACACGACCGGGGUCUGAGACAGCUCUCUAGGCUAGAGGGUAUCACUGAACACGACCGGGGUCUGAGACAGCUCUCUAGGCUAGAGGGUAUCACUGAACACGACCGGGGUCUGAGACAGCUCUCUAGGCUAGAGGGUAUCACUGAACACGACCGGGGUCUGAGACAGCUCUCUAGGCUAGAGGGUAUCACUGAACACGACCGGGGUCUGAGACAGCUCUCUAGGCUAGAGGGUAUCAGUGAAGCUGGCCUAAGAGCGAGCUCUCUAGAAUUCAGUUGACAGUGGUAGAGAGUUGGGCCAACUUGUAGAAUUCUGAAUAAUGUUCUAAUUCUAGACAUUCAGUAAGAUAGCAUUGUUUAAAUAUUCCCCUCGUAAUGUUAAUGGGGCGCUAACAUGACUGCCAUAGAAGGCUGUAGUUUCAUGUAAAUGUAUCAUAAUGCAGAAACCUCAAUGUCUCAACUCUCAAAACACACGGCUCUGGUUUGCAGGUGUAAUUCGGUCCUAAUGUGAGUGUUGCUGUUCGCCUGCUGACGUCAAGUUCAAACACACACACACCGCUGCCUUCAGAGUCAAACUGUUGCUGAUUGAGGGAGUGAGUGGUUGCUAAGCGCUUUCUAAAUGUUAGGAUUAGGUUUCUCUCUCCCAGGAUCAGCUGACAGCUACAUAACAUUCCACUAACAGGAACAUAGAGGAGAUGUCCCACUGCUCUGUCCACAAGCGGAACAAAACAACAUCAACACAACACACAGACAGAUGCUGUGUCAAACACAACACACUUCUGCCCACAAACCGUAUGUGUGUGUUUAUACUGUGUGUGAAAUAUAACCUUUCCGCUUGUCUCUAAAAAUGUACUUACUAUGACUGUGAUAUGUGGUUGUCCCACCUAGCUAUCUUCAGAUGAAUGCACUAACUGUGAUAUGUGGUUGUCCCACCUAGCUAUCUUCAGAUGAACGCACUAACUGUGAUAUGUGGUUGUCCCACCUAGCUAUCUUCAGAUGAAUGCACUAACUGUGAUAUGUGGUUGUCCCACCUAGCUAUCUUCAGAUGAAUGCACUAACUGUGAGUGGCUCUGGAUAAGAGCGUCUGCUAAAUGACUAACAUGUCAAAUGAUAUACUAGACGUAUAUUUCUGCGUGCUUGCGUGGGAACACGUGCGCACAUAUCAUAACAGUGUGUAAAUGUCAAUCAAGCCAUGAACUUUCUCAACCUUCAGUCUCUUGACCGUCCAUAUAAUCAUGAUGAUUAAUGUUUUUAAAUUGCUUGUUUUUGUUGUUGUUGCUUUAGAGCACUUUGAGAGUUGACAGAUUGAUGUAGCCUUGUCGCGGUUCUCAGACGAGUCGCUACUGUAUGUGUGUAUGUUUGUGUAACAGUAUUGUCACCGUCCCCCCCCGGUCAGGUAGAAUAAAGAAGGAGCGAGCUGCCCUGUCCAGGAUCUCAGACGAGUCCUUAGAUCAGAUUCCCGAGGAGGAAGAGGAGGAGCUUCCCGUGUUCAAGGAGCUACCGGGCGCCAAGGGGACGGACGACGCCGUGCUGCCGUUAACAGGUGGUAGCGGAGGAGAGUCACGGAGAGGAGAGGCCACCGGAGAGCUCAACAUCCUGGCAAAUGGAGGCACUGUUCUGCCCAACGGACGCGUCUAUGGUCAGUCCCAUAUGGAGACGUGAUAAAUCGUCGUGUACGGGUAACUGCCAGAAUAAAAGAAACGCCAACAUAAAGCGUCUUAAUUGGGCGUUGGUCCACCACGAGCUGCCAGAGCAGCUUCAAUGUGCCUUGGUAUAGAUUCUCCAAGUGUCUGGAACUCUAUUGGAGGGAUGCGACACCAUUCUUUUCAUGAGCCAUUCCAUAAUUUGGUGUUUUUGUUGAUGGUGGUGAAAAACAUUGUCUCAGGCGCAGCUCCAGAAAUCUCCCAUCAGUGUUCAAUUGGGUUGAGAUCUGGUGACUGACACACACACACACACACACACACACACACACACACACACACACACACACACAACUGGGCAUUUUAUUAAAAAAAUAUAUUGCUUAAUUAACUCAGGAACCACACCUGUGUGAAAGCGCCUGCUUUCAAAAUAUUUUGUAUCCCUCAUUUACUAAAGGCUUUCCUUUAUUUUGGCAGUUACCUGUACAUAUAUUACUUCUAUGUUUUAUAUGUCCAUAUAUGGUUAUAUAUGUAUCCACACAUAAUUACAUAUAAGUACAUACAGUUGGGUUUGAAAUUAUUGACACCCUUGAUAAAGAUGAGUGAAAAAUAACUGUAUAAAAUAAAUAAUUCAAAUACUGAGAUACACUACAUGGCCAAAAGUAUGUGGACACCUGCUUGUCGAACAUCUCAUUCCAAAAUCAUGGGCAUUAAUAUGGAGUUGCCCCCCCCCCCCCCUUUUGCUGCUAUAACAGCCUCCACUCUUCUGGGAAGGCUUUCCACUAGAUGUUGGAACAUUGCUGCGGGAACUUGAUCCAUUCAGCCACAAGAGCAUAAGUGAGGUCUGGCACUGAUGUUGGGCGAUGAGGCCUGGCUCACAGUUGUUUGUUCCAAUUCAUCCCAAAGGUGUUAGAUGGGGUUGAGGUCAGGGCUCUGUGCAGGCAAGUAUGCGUUUGUACUUGCCUUUAACCGAAGCGUCAAAUCGGUACAGGUCUAAAAGUUCACAAGCAACGUUAUUCAAUUCAAAAUGUUGGCUAGAUAUUUCAACUCUGUAUGGCAAGCGUGAAUUUCUGACUGAAGACGUUUGAGGCUGCUUUGAGCCAAACGCUCGUUCUAGUUAUGUUAACAGUCUAAUCACAUCACAUUGUUUUUGGCGAGACGGCGUGGUAUCGACAAUCCUCACGACCAAGUGAACAAUCUUGUAGUGUGUCGUUGGUGAGAGGCUCAGCGAUGUUUAGGAUUUUGAAAGUCGUGUAGUGUACACCCUAUGGGAAAGGACAUUAGCUAGCUACCCUACUACCUUCACAACCAAGAGGACACAGAGGAACAGUUUAGGUAAGUGUCCCUUUCUUUUUGUCUUGUAAUUUCACAUUUAGAAGGUGCAUUGAAACAAUUACGUAGCAUGAUUAUAUCAUUUCUAGCACAGCCAAAUAGCUAGCUAGCAAGCUAUAUAAAUAAAUGAUCACUAUGGUAGUUAGCUAUGGCUAUUCUCAAGAACUGAGAAGCAUGUCUGUCUGACCGAGCAUUCUACUCAUUGCAUUGUCAAUGAGCGCUGAUUUCAUCAAAAUUUCAUUACAGUGGCUUGGAAAUACAAAAGACAUUGCAAAAGGAGGAGAAUAAUUAGUAGGAAAAGCCAUUUGUCAUCAUUUUGAUGUAGCCAGCUUGACUUUAGAUGCAGUAUAACGUUAGCUAGCUAGCUAGCUAAGAUGGAGGGGAGACCAUCGGAUUUUAGCUAGGUAACAUUAGCAUCGCUAGCUAUUUUUUUAUUAACUUUGCUAGCCAAUGACAACAUUGCCAUCCAUUUGACGACAUGAUAAUGAUGGCAAAGUUGUUUCCUACUAAACAUUUGCCUACUUUAGCGAUGUCGUUAUAUUUCCAGGCAACUAUAGUGUUAUUUAUACGAAACAGUCGUUGUCCUCCAUCUAUCACAACUUUUGGGCACUAUGCGACUUGAGAACGUUUAUAACAAUUGGGAGGUGCAACCUAUAAAUAACAAUAUUUGCUGAGCAUUUCUCUAUUUUGCCCAGCUCUGACUGUGGGUGUCUGUCUGUCUGACUGCCAGCGUGUCUGUCUGUCUUGAUGUUCCAGAUGUGGCUGGAGGAGUUGUGGUGGCCCACUGGAGGUCAACUUUAAUACUGGAGCACAUUUAGGAGGAGCUCAUCGUCAUGAAGUUAAUCUAUAACAGCUAAUACAAGUAUCCUAUAUUAGGGUACUACCACAGUGCUAGCUAGCUAGUACAUGUACAUAUGGAUUUACAGUACUAAUCGUAUUUCAUUAAUGUACAGGGUCCACUUUGACCCAAGAGAACAAUCUAGACUAAGAAUUUUAAUACUCAUAAUGAACACUAGUAUUAUAUGGACAGAGUGGAGCUCUCUCAUCCUGUCUAUAACUUCAGAUUGAUUAGUAGAUGUGGGUGAGUGGACAUACUGUACAGAUCUGGGCGUAGCCAGGCAACAGCAUCUCUUUUUAGCAAGGAUUUAUAUUGACAUCCAAUCACCAUGAGAGAUGCUUUAUUCUACAUUCAACACUUAUUAUAUUGCAGGAGAGGUGAGCACCUAUCAGAUCCCCCUGCAGUCUGCUGACCCUCGCUGAGGCCCGGGAGGAAGUCUGCCAGCAGAAGAAGGAGCCAAGUUCAUCGCCAUGCAACGCUCUACUGACCUAGGUAGAUUAUGCUUUGAGUAGCGACUGCCUGACUGACUGCCUGACUGACUGACUGACUGACUGCCUGACUGACUGCCUGACUGACUGCCUGACUGACUGCCUGACUGACUGCCUGACUGCCUGACUGACUGCCUGACUGCCUGCCUGACUGCCUGACUGACUGCCUGCCUGCCUGACUGACUGCCUGCCUGACUGGCAGUUAUGCAGGCAGAGACACACACACUCACAUUUGACUUGACCUUAUAUUGACAGCGCUCUACUCACAGAUACCCCCCCCCUUUCCCUUUCCUUCCCAUAAAUCUCUCCCUGUCUACACCCUAGGUGCCACGUGGUCUCCCGUCUCCUCCACAGUGGCCUCAGCUGGACCGUACCACAUUAACCUCUUGGUCUAGCCAGACGAAUGAAGAGCUUCACUCCGGCCCUGCUUCCCGGUGGGUCACAGUCACACUCCCCUUUGCUUCCACCCACCUCAAUUAGGGGCACAUUCUUCUUGAGGCGUUGAUAUUACUUUUUGAAAUUAAAUGUUAUCAUGGUCGGUUGACUUACAAUAGUGAAUGAUUUAUAUUCCCUCAUGGGUCAGCACCAGUGACUGUAAGGGGGGGGGCCUGUUGACGGAUUAGAAGUUUACAGAAGUUAUUUUUGGAAUAAAUUAUUUUAGUUUAGGAUUCAUCUAAUCCUGACCUGACAGCGUGCCUUUCAACUAAUCUAUUUUGUUUUCCCAACCCUCAGCAGGCUAUGGGAAGGGAGUGGAUCACCUGACCAAGGCUAUGGGAAGGGAGUGGAUCACCUGACCAAGGCUAUGGGAAGGGAGUGGGUCACCUGACCAAGGCUAUGGGAAGGGAGUGGGUCACCUGACCAAGGCUAUGGGAAGGGAGUGGGUCACCUGACCAGGGCUAUGGGAAGGGAGUGGGUCACCUGACCAGGGCUAUGGGAAGGGAGUGGGUCACCUGACCAAGGCUAUGGGAAGGGAGUGGGUCACCUGACCAAGGCUAUGGGAAGGGAGUGGGUCACCUGACCAAGGCUAUGGGAAGGGAGUGGAUCACCUGACCAAGGCUAUGGGAAGGGAGUGGGUCACCUGACCAAGGCUAUGGGAAGGGAGUGGGUCACCUGACCAAGGCUAUGGGAAGGGAGUGGGUCACCUGACCAGGGCUAUGGGAAGGGAGUGGGUCACCUGACCAGCAGCUCCUCUGGGUGCUCUAGCAGAUUGUUAGAUUAAUUUGUAUUUUAAGAAUAAUGACUAAAGGAUUUCACCCCAAAUACAGUAUAAAUGUGUGAACGGUGUUAAGAGUUAUAAUGUAGUGUCAACCCACUAACAGAGGGGGCGGGACUAAACAUUCCAGGGUGAAGGGGACUGAGAAAACGGGUUUUAAAAAAAGCCUCCUAAAGGUGGGCGGAGCAAAGUGCCUUUGUGUGUCAAGGGGUAUAAUGUAUGUAUGUUUUUUGGCGCCAGAGCUCUCCAUGAAUAAAAAUACAGAUCAUUCUUGCUGGUUGUGGACCUUGAAUCAUUUAUGAUUAAAACCAGAGCCUUACAACCCCUGGUAAUGAUUCAAGCUUAGGUUGAAUUAGAGAGAGAAAUUCUCGUGACACAGAUCUUCCCCUGUCUGUUAGAUCCUGCUGAAACCGUCCCCUGUCAGCCAGGUGAGGAUGCUCUCUCAUGGAAAGGAAAGGGAUGUUGUGGCACCAAAAUGGCUGAAAGUUGCCUCAUGGAAAGGAAAGGGGAUGUUGUGGCACCAAAAUGGCUGAAAGUUGCCUCAUGGAAAGGAAAGGGAUGUUGUGGCACCAAAAUGGCUGAAAGUUGCCUCAUGGAAAGGAAAGGGCUGUUAUGGCACCAAAAUGGUUGAAAGUUGCCUGAAAGUUUAAUUUACCCCAGAAAAUAUUAGCGCAUUAAAAUGACAACUAUGGACAAGACUAUUUUAAGGCAAGCCAUGUUUUCCUGUCAUCCAGAUUCUGCAAGACAUUCAAGUGCUAAGUUAGGAUCCUCCUCAUCCCCACUAUGCUAUUAUACAGUUUAGCCCAGUUCUGGCACUCUCCCUACAUGUCAUUUGCCCCUACUUUAUCAUGAUGUGUAUCCUAAUUGAUGUGCUUUUUAUAUGAUGUGUAUCCUAAUUGAUGUGCUUGUAUCUCCCUGCUAGAAACCACAAACCUUCCUUCCUACCACAACCGUCCUACAGGACUCAACUCCAACUACUGCGCCUCCACUCCAACCAACAGUGUUUAAUUGUCUGAACAGUUUAACCACCGUCCUCCUAUGAUUGGAGCAUCCUACUUAACUACUGUUUCUCUCUCCUUUGCAGUUCACACCCCUCCGCCUCUUUGUAACCUUUGUCCACCUGUAUUUGGGGUUGAGCACCUCUGUUAGGGCAGUGCAGGGAGCAAGAGGCUGUCCGUGCCGUUGGUCCAAACUGCAGAUGCCUGAGCUGUGGAGCUCUGGUUGGAGCUAG